AUGGCAGACCUGUUCGUAACAGUUCUCUUCGUACCCUAUCCAGGCAAAACAGAACGAUUUACGGGCUUUCCAAACUAUUUCAAGGUCAAAACUCUUCUGGAGACCAUCUCCAGACAAGUCGAAGAGACUCUGGAUUCGAUCCUGCAGUUCCAGCUUUUUGAGGAGAUAUGCCUGAACGAAGAACAUUUCAACGAAACAAGCAAGAUCAUCGUGCACAUUGAAUGCAAAGAUAAGGAAGCAAUUGAUCAAUACCAUGCCUUAAGCAGCUUUAGGAAUUUCUGGAACGCUAUUUCUGAAGAGAAUCUUCUUGUUGUUCCUGUAGACGCAAACAUUUGUAAACAUUUUGGAGGGUUUGCUGCUAGGAAUUAA